CGUCAAUUUUGGGCGACAAAAUAACUCCUCAAAACAAGCAAAAUCUCCUGAAACUGUAGUUAAAUCAACCGUUAGCGUAGCGUUUGAUAAGCAUUUAAGGGACUGUUGAGCUCCGAUUUUUCUAAAUGGUGCUGCUCUUAACGGCCUCUCUGGCCGUAACUUAAAACGAAAUAUAACGUUAACGUUACUGGAUGAUCUUUCAAAUUUCGCGCUGUUUGCUCCGCCUUUAAUGGGGUUAACUUAGCCAACUAGCCCGUUAGCUAGCCAUGUUACUGUAAACUGGGUCAACUCAAGUAAGGAGGAUAUUAUUUUGUAUUGUAAAUGUAUGCUCUGAGUUUCUUCAGACUUCUUUAAAAUGGAAGUGACGGACAUCGGAAACAAAGAAGAGGGGAAAGUCUGGCAUCGAAAACCAACACCAGGCAAAAGUGUGUUAGUGACGGUGGUCCGCAUAGCUCAGCAGGCCAAGACGGUGCGUUUCCUCCAUGUGGCCUUUGACACCACAGGAGACUCCUUCCUGGCUGGAGAUCACCAUGGCAACAUCUACGUCUUUGACAUCAGUAGGAACAGAUUUCGUCUGGUGCAGAAGACAGGACAGGCCUGCACUGCUCUGGCAUUCAGCCUUCGCAGGACCACAGAGUUCCUUGUGGCUCUGGCUGACUACACCAUCAAGUGCUUUGACAAAGACACAAAGCAACUGGUCAGUUGGAUGCGGGGUCACGAGGGAGCAGUUUCGUCCAUCUCUGUCCACAGCUCAGGCCGCUACGCCAUCAGCACGUCGUCAGACACGGCUCAGCUCUGGGACCUGGACACCUUCCAGAGAAAGAGGAAGCUCAACAUCCGACAGUCUGUUGGCAUUCAGAGGGUGUUUUUCCUGCCUCUCAGUAACACCAUCCUCAGCUGUUUCAGUGACGACUCCAUCUUUGCUUGGGAGAGUGACACGCUGAUCUGCAAAUACCAGCUCCCUGUCCCCGACUGCGGACCCAAGAUCUCCUACAAGGCCUUCGCUGUCACACGUGAUGGUAAGAGCCUUGCUGCUGGUGGGCGCUCCAACCUGCUGCACCUGUGGUGUCUGGACAGCAAACAGCUGAUCAGGGUGAUUCAGAUGCCAACGCAGGUCCGAACCGUCCGACAGCUGGAAUUCCUGCCCGACAGCUUUGACGGAGGAGCCAGCCAGACACUAGGUGUACUGAGCCAGGACGGCGUGAUGCGUUUCAUUAACAUUCACACCUGCAAGCUGCUUUUCCACAUGGGUUCUCAUGAUGACGCCAUCACCACGGCGGCGGUCAGCCCUAACGGCCGACAUGUUGUGGCCAUCAUGGACAAUGGCAGCAUCAAUGUCUACAUUGUUCAGAGUCUCACACAGGAGGUCAACAAGCCUCCUCCCUCCCAGGUGGCGGUGGUCUCUGGCGGUGGAGCUGAUGAUCAGGACUUGUCUAACCUAAAGGUCAAGGUCAGGUCCGAGGCGGUUCAGAGACCAGCCAAGAGCUUGGGUAGGCGGACACAGGUGAAGGUACUCAGACCCCCCGCUGGGUCUACAGCUGAGGAUAAAGAGAAUGAACUACCUGCCGGUCUGAAUAAGAAGAGACUGGUGGCUCUGCUCAAGGCGUUUGGAGAGUAUCCUGCUAAAUACAGGAUGUUUGUAUGGCGGUCUUUGCUGUGUCUCCCAGAGAACUAUGCGGCGUACAGCAGUCUGACUGAUAAAGGUCUGCAUUCAGCCUACCUCGCUCUGAAUGAUAAAUACCCCAUCAAAAGUCACAAGCUACAGAGGGGACUGCAGAGGGUUUUGUCUGCCUUCGCUCAUUGGGCAGCCAUCUUUGGAGAGGUGGAGUACCUUCCCCUGGUAGCCUUCCCUUUCGUCAAGCUCUUCCAGAACAACCCGAUGCUCUGCUUCGAGGUGGUGGCCACUGUCAUAGUGAAUUGGGGUCAGCAUUGGUUCGAGUACUUCCCCAACCCCCCUCUGAACAUCCUGAGCAUGGCGGAGAACGUUCUGGCUCAUCAUGACAAGGAACUGCUGCAGCACCUGGUGGACUGUGGCAUCACCUCACAGCUCUACGUGUGGCCCCUGCUGGAGACCUUGUUCUCAGAGGUUUUGACUCGCGAUGAGUGGCUCAGAGUCUUUGACAACAUCUUCUCCAACCAUCCGUCGUUCCUGCUCAUGACAUGUGUGGCCUACAUCACCUGCUGCCGUGAGCCUCUGCUGCUCUGCUCCCAGAAACAGGACUUUGAGUAUUUUUUCCACCACCGUAACAACCUGGAUUUGGGAGCCAUGAUAAAGGAAGCGUACCGGCUCAUGGGCAGCACACCAGCUGACAUCCAUCCCAGGACUAUGCUGUCUGACUUCACACCGCUGACCAAAGGCCAGUACCCCGUGUUCAACCACUACCCCCAAUUCAUAGUGGAUUACCAGAGCCGGGAGAGGGAGAAGAUACGACUGCAGGAGAUGGAGUAUCUCCGCGAGAGGCAGGAGGUGUCGGCCAUGCACGCAGAUUUUGUGCGUCGCCAAGCUAAAGAGGAGGCCUAUUAUGCACAACAGGAGCUGCUGCAGAAGGCUGAGGAACAGCGCAGAAACAUCCUGGCACAAGAAGAGGAAAAACUAACACAGCAGAGGGCAAAGUUGGCAGCCAUGAAGAGAGAGCUGAAGGUAAAGGAGUUACAGCUGCUGGACGAAACUAAAAGACGUUUCCUCAAACACCAACAGGACCUGAGAGCCUCGCAGGUCCAAAGACUAGACCAGGAGAUUAGUAGAAAGAUUGAUCUCCGGGAGCGAGAAACAGCUGCAGCAGUCCAGGAUCUAGAAGUCCGACAGAUGGAGCUGGAGGCUCAGAGGAGACGACUCGAACAGCACCUGUUUAAGGAGCAGGAGCGAAUGGGACGGGAGGUCGAGGAGGAGACCGAGGUGAGGAUGAGGAGGGCAGAACGAGAGGGUGAUAGCUACGCAGAGCUGCUACACUGCACAGAGACAAACAUGCAGGUCCUGGAGGAGUCCCUGGCAGAGGCAUGCCAGCUGGGCUUGGACUCUGACUGGCAGAGAGAGGUGGCAGAGCGCCUGCAGCAGGUCGAUGCUGAGCAGGAGAGGAAGAGGGAAAGACUGGCAGAGCUUCACAGGCAAACCCUGGCAGAGGAGGAGAGACUGGCUGACACCAUGAGAGAUGUGACAGGAAGGAAGUGGGAUGAAGUGAUGAGUUCCAGAGCCCAGUUACAGGAGCAGCAGCCGCCCCGGUCUACAGCAGACCAAGACGGCCAGAGACAGACGGGGGUAAGAUCCCUGUGUUCGACCAGAGGACUUCCUCCUAGAGGCAGUGCCACCACUGCUGUUAAUGUUGGAAGCAGAGCUGCAGGUCCAGCAGUCAGACGCAACCUUGCCACCAGCCCAAAGCAGGCAGGAACCAACCUGGUGUGUCUGAACAGCAGCUCACCUUCAGAGAGCACAGCCACCAACUUUUCCCUGGACCGAGGCCGGGCCCAGCUGGACAGCAGCGAGAGACAACUGCUGAAGGAAGUCAGAGAACUGAGACAGAAGCUGGCGGCCAGAGCCAGAGAGGGCAGCUCUGCCUCCUCACAGUCUGUCCUCACACUGUCCUCUGUCUCGCCGUGACCACAAACUGCUCUCUCGUCUUCAUAGUGUCACAAAAACAUAUUCUUGCCUUAAGCGAGCAACAGAUACAAUGACUCAGACUCUGUUUACCAGUUUCCAAGUGCUUAUAUACCAUCCUUUAAACUACACAUUAUUAACGCAAAUAGAGUCAAACAUGUUGACUGCGCAUCAUUAACCACUAUCUCAUGAACACCCGUGUCUUCCGUUUUUAAGAAGACGCUCUCUGGUUCCCUGUGAGGACAGAAACGGGUGCUCUGAUGUUGCCUCAUGUGAUGUGCACGAUUGUUGAGCUUUUGUCACCACUCUAGGAUCCCAAGUUGACCAUCAUUCAUGGCUGGGUUCUCUGAUAAUAUUCCUGCAAGCAACGGCAGUUUCAUCCAUUUUAACUCAAGUCUGUCUAUGGCCACUCCAGAAACACACAGUCCUAUAUAACUGGUGAUAGUUGUGACCACAGUUACAAACUGAUGCAGCGUACAAUACUGUCGGUACCAUGUCUAACUCGGCUAACUGUACGUGAAACAUCUGUUAGUUCUAUAGCGUCUGCAGUUUAACAUCUUGUUAUACAAACUAUUAUACCUCUGAAUUUGUUAUCAUACCACAUUCCAUUUAAUGUUCAGUUGUACACUUUAUAUUCAUGGUUGUCAUUUUUUUUUAAAUAUUUGCGCUGGUGCUCCAUUUAGAUUUUUUUUAUUUCAAUACAAUUUUGUGUGAUUUGUCUUAUUUAAAACCUGGUUUGGAUAAAAUGUUUUUAAAAAA